AAGGGUAUAAUGGUCAUUGUACAAAAGAAAGACCCAAUUUUUAAGUUUUUAGGGAUUUGAAUCUUGUUCAUCAGUGUGUGAAUAGAGAUACUCAGAUUCGAGUUCAAGUUCAAUGGAUGAUGUCUCUUUACCAAUUGAUAAAUUAUCCAUUGAUUCAAAGACUGAGGACAAGGCUUGUCUAGUAGUGCUAGUGGCGACUGGGAGUUUCAAUCCUCCUACUUUUAUGCAUCUACGCAUGUUUGAGCUUGCGAGAGAUGCAUUACACUCGGAAGGAUUUCAUGUUCUUGGAGGUUAUAUGUCUCCUGUUAAUGAUGCAUACAAGAAGAAGGAUCUUUUAUCUGCAAAACAUCGUUUACAGAUGUGUAAUCUAGCUUGUCAAAGCUCUGACUUUGUAAUGGUUGAUUCAUGGGAGGCAUCUCAACGCAGCUAUCAACGAACUUUGGCGGUUUUAUCGAGGGUCAAAACUUUCUUAACAAUAGAUCAACAUGUACCCGAGGAAUCUCUCAAAGUUAUGCUACUAUGUGGCUCGGAUUUACUGCAAUCUUUCUGUACUCCCGGUGUUUGGAUCCCUGAACAGGUAAGAACUAUUUGUCAAGACUAUGGCAUUGUGUGCAUCCGUAGAGAAGGACAAGAUGCUGAGAAUAUGAUCUCUAGUGACAAAAUCUUAAACGAAAGUAGUGAUAAUAUCAGAAUCGUCGACAAUCUUGUUCCUAAUCAGAUUAGUUCGAGUAGAUUAAGGCAAUGCAUUUCGCGAGGGUUAUCGGUUAAAUACUUGACUGAAGAUGGAGUAAUAGAUUAUAUCAGACAACAUCAACUUUACACUGAGCUCACAUGACAAAAGCUGAGAGAAUAUUACUCUAUCAUAUCAAUAUUACUACACAACCCAUCAAAUAAUUGUGAUAAACAGAUGUAAUCAGUAUAGCUGCACCUUUAAAGUUUUGAUACUCCCUCACCAAUGCCAUUACAUCCUUGAUGUCCAAAAGUGACGCCGGGAAGCACAAACGUGCGCUGCAACAUCUUUAGAUGAAAUCUCAUCUAAGAAAUGUUCAAAAACACUGCAAGAUCUAUGACCAAUCUUCUCAAAAUGUUGUGUCUUACGUUUCUUAUGUUUUUGAGUUGGUUUUUAACCAAACAAUUAACUUGCCGAAUCCAGAGUGUCAAAAGCACAGUGCAAUAGAUAGCAUGAUUUUGAUCUAUUGAAGGAUUUGGACGGUUGAAAUUUGAACAACAUCCAGGAUUAAAGGCUUCUAGAGGAGUGUGUGAAUAAGAAGAAGAAGAAUACUACAUAGCCCGUAAUUUUUCGCAAACAGAUCAUCGUUGGAAUUUUCCUCAGGCGAAGAGUCUUGGUAAUCAAACUUGCAACCAGAAUAUGAAUCACCAGCUACGACCUUGUACCCGGCCGGGUUCCCAUACCGCCUGUUAGGUUUCAUCGGAGCUUAGAUGACUAGAUAAGUUAUAAGUAUAACUCUGGCUUCUUUAAUUGCUAAUGAAUAUGCAAUACAUUAUUGUAACACUGACCAAAACAUAUAUUAGAUUUGAAGCAUGAAACA